AUGGAUCCGUUGCCAAUAAAGCUAGUAACAGAACAACAACAUGCUCGUCCAGCCAUUCCUUUAGCUGUUUUAAAGAUACAAUUGAAAAAGUUGGUUCAGAAACAAUCAAAGCAACAUUCGACGGACGACGAAGGAGUGAUAUUCACAAGAGACCUUAUACCACUUAUCCAUCAAUACGAACAAGAAGAGCAUGUCACUUUAUUAACAGAAAUUCAAAAGGAGGCUAUUUUACCUUUUACAAAAUUAAAUCCUGACUUGGAAAUGACGCCAAAUGAUAUCAUCCAUCUACUAAGAAUCCUCUGCCCAACGCCAUCUAUAGCAACAACAGCAGCGAACCCACCGCCUAUGCCUAUACCAUCUAUUUCUGAACCUACAGCAUCGAGAACUUAUAACGAUGCCUAUCCAUUCAACAACACAAUGAAAGCCCCUCUGUCCUUGGGAAAUAGCAGGAAUCACCCUAACGAGAAGGGUAAGAUGGCCUUUCAAAAGACAGCAACAGCAACAAGGAGAGCAUCCUGGAAACGCAGACCCUCUGCAGCUACUUCCUUGAGUGACUUUGAUAGACAACAAUUCACAAGCUAUUUUAGCAUGGAAAAAGACAAUCGUCUACACUUGAACGGGAAAAUCAUGGAUAAAAGCAAGCAUUCCAUAGCGAUCAAAGAGGAAGAAGAGGAAGGAACAGACGAUGCUCGUCUGUCUGCAUCCACGGCAGACGCCUAUCCUCAGCAGCAUGAUAUUGCAAAGUAUUAUAGAAGAUCUGUUCAGCUUACCGAGCAGUUAAAAUCCUCGGAAAGGAAUCUACUCGCUUCCAUCGCACGUGACAAUGAAGAUCGUAUUGUUCAACUGCAAAACAAAGUCGAUGAUAUGAGUGUAGAGGUAGCAAAACAAAAGAAGGAGAUCCAGGAAUAUAAAGGAAAAGAAAAGAAUAGUCUAGAACAAAUCAGUGCUUUGGAAACACAUAUCCUAAGCAUUCAGAGAUCAGAAACGGACCAAAGGCAAGUGUAUUUAUCGAUAAAGAACCUAUUUGAUGAAAAGUGCCAGGAAACACAGAAACUACAGGAUCUACUCAAACAAAAAGAGAUGGCAUUACAGAAAACGGAAGACUUACUGAAUACUAUUCAAGACGAAGUCAAAGCAUUGAGUGAAGAGAGAAAUCGGUUGAAAGAGUUUCAAAAUAGCCUUGAACAAGAAUUAGAAAUAUCUGCUGAGGCGCAUCAACAAUUAGCGGAACAGAAAUCAGAAAACGAAAAACUAAAGGAAAUUAUUGAUAGUCUGAAAAUGGAUCUGGAUGAAGUUUUACACCAUCAGCAGCGAGACGAAGUACAGUUUGGCUGUGAAAGUAGUAGUAGUAGUAGUAGUAGUAAUAGUAGUAGUAGCAACAGAUUAACCCUUCAAAAGAAGGGUUCUACCUUAUCAUUGAAGGAUGAAUUUGAUCGGGUGCUGAAGGUAGACAAUAGGAAGAUACAGGAGGAGGAUGAAAUUUCUUUGCUAUCCAUUCAGGACGAAAAAGACUACUAUAAGCACAGAGCAGACGAAGCAAAGCAAGAUUUAGAGCGAGUAAAAGUAGAACUGGAUUCUUUGAGAAAAGCGCUCCAAUCUCAAAAUCAGCUCCUUGUCAACGAAUUAGCAGGCCUCAGAAAGACAAUGACGGCAGCACCAGAGGAAAACAGACGUGACAGAACCCUCACCGUUGUCACUAGUCAUAUUAUUCCACCGCUAUCACCCUCUUCUUCAACCAAAACCGCAACAGUCAUGGCCAUCAGGAAUAGUUUAGAUCGCAGUGAUGGGUUAAAGAAUCCUUCUUCCUCCACCUCUGCCACGGUUAGCUUGGUAGAGGACUUUUUCGAAAAACAUAACGAUAUUCUUCAUCAUCCUCCAUCGCAUCUAACAGCACCCAUCUCCACUGUUACCACUGUUCCACCGCUGGGAGAAAGAAAAGAAAGCAAAGAUGUAUGGUCUUAUUCGACUGCACGCGCACAACAGCAGCAGGAGACGACCCUUUUUAAGGGACAGUACCACAAACGAAGAAGAACCGUUCUUGAUUUACACAAGACAAUGGCUACUGAGACUGCUAGUAGCAGUACUAGGAAUCAUAGUUAUCCUAGCAAUAAGCUUCCCGAUGAUACAGCUAUUAUCUUUUCGCCAAUGGAAACUACGCUACCUAUAGCCAUUUCUUCAAACAACAACCAUUCUAAUAGAAGACAGCAUCAUCGUAUAGGUAGUUUGACAAGCAGAGUCAUGACACAGCAGGAAAAUCGCGUAGUGACACAAACUGUGACAUUUGCUCUUUAUACAGUCCUCGUCUAUUUCUUUGGAAUCAUCACAUCCACAUUUUUAUUGGAUGGUAGUAACCCUCAACAGCAACAGAUUUUAGAACAAGCGAUUGCUACUGCUUCUGGUAGUCACCCAGGACCCAUCAAAAGCAAAGUGUUGGAAAUGAUACUUUAUUGGUUGGAGAAAUUGUUAAUUGAACCUGAAGGUUUACCUGUAGCUUAA